CAACUUUCCAAGCUUCAACCAGGUAAAAGGAAAAGAAAAAAAAAAAAAGACAUCAUCGUCUUGGAGUUGGAGUGUUUGGACUUUGAAGCCAAGUCGUUAAGAGAAGCAAACCCAAACAUCCACUUUCCUCUUUCCUUAAAAUCUCUCAUUUCCCUUCCCAACUUCUUCUUCAAGCUUUCAAAGAACAUGAACGGAUCCCGAUCCCUGCAGUUCCUCCUGUUCCUCACGAUCCCCUUGUUUUUCGCUUCCGUUUCGGCCAAAGACGGCAGCAACAAAGCCGGUGGCUCAUCGGUGGCCCUGAAGGUGUUGAUUGUGUGCUGGGCGUGGCGGCGGUGGCUGGUUUCGGUGUGUUUCUGUUCAGGAUAUGGCAGAGGAAGAAGAGAGAGGAGCAGCACGCCAGGCUUCUCAAGCUCUUUGAAGACGACGAUGAGCUCGAGGUUGAGCUUGGGAUUAGGGACUGAUUUGAUUCAUUCAUUGGAGUCAGUCAGAGAUCCUUGGAUAGUAAUUGACAAGUUGUCCAGAUCAAGCAUAUUUUAUUCCCGUAAAGCUGAUCCAAUCCCAACAGUUAAUCGGAGAUGA